UCCUGAGCUCAGACGAUCCACCUGCCUCGGCCUCCCAAAGUGCAGGGAUUUUAGGUGUGAGCCACUGUGCCAGGCCAUAUAUUUUUUAUAUUGUCCAUAAAACUGAGACUUCCACAGUGACUUAGGGGAUUUUAAAAUCUAUCAUGAAAAAGUACAAUAAAACGCAACUAUACAGAAAAAUUUUUCAAAAAUACCUUAAUGUGGAUUUGUCAGAACACAGUCUUGGAUCAAAUCAAUACUUAUUUUCUCUUUUCUCAUUUCAUGUGAAGGUGAUAACACAGUCCUCCAUGUUUUGUUGAAAUGUGUUUUUCAUUUUAGGGACGCUUGACCUUCAGGGAUGUGGCUAUAGAAUUCUCACUGGCGGAGUGGAAAUGCCUGAACCCUGCGCAGCGGGCUUUGUACAGGGAAGUGAUGUUGGAGAACUACAGGAACCUGGAGUCUGUGGAUAGCUUUUUAAAUUUCGUGAUGGAGUUCUCAUCAACUGGGCACAGUAAUAUCAGAGAAGGGUUCCACACAGGGACAUUGGAAAGACAUAAAAGUCAUCCCAUUGGAGAUUUUUGCUUCCCAGAAAUCAAAAAAGAUAUUCAUCACUUUGAGUUUCAGUCACAAGAAGUUGAAAGAAAUGGCCAUGAAGCACCUCUGGCAGAAACCAAAGAGUUGACUGGUAGUACAGACCGACAUGAUCAAAGGCAUGCUGGAAACAAGCCUAUUAAAGAUCAGCUUGGAUCAAGCUUUCAUUCGCAUCUGCCUGAACUGCACAUAUUUCCGACCGAAGGGAAAAUUAGUAACCAAGUGGACAAGUCUGUCAGUGGUGCUUCCUCAGCUUCAGCAUCCCAAAGAAUUUCUUGUAGACUCAAAACCCAUAUUUCUAAUAAGUAUGGGAAGAAUUUCCUCCAUUCUUCAUUAUCCACACAAAUACAGGAAGUACGCAUGAGAGAAAAACCUUGCCAAUAUAAUGAGUGUGGCAAAGCGUUUAAUUAUAGCUCACUCUUAAGGAGCCAUCACAUAACCCAUUCAAGAGAGAAACAAUAUAAAUGUGAUGUAUGUGGCAAGAUCUUUAAUCAGAAGCGAUAUCUUGCAUGUCAUCGUAGAUGUCACACUGGUGAGAAAACUUACAAGUGUAAUGAGUGUGGGAAGACCUUCAGUCAAACAUCAUCUUUUACCUGCCAUCGUAGACUUCAUACUGCACAGAAACCUUACAAGUGUAAUGAAUGUGGCAAGACAUUCAGUUGGAAGUCAUCCCUUAGAUGCCAUCGUAGACUUCAUACU